AGAGAGGUCUAAAAAAUAGUAGAAAUGAGAAGCAAAGUCUUAAAGCUGUAGCCUAUAAUGCUUUGACAAAUGCAGUUUCUACUGUUCUUUGUCACCUGUGCCUUGCACACACCAAACAUUUAGGCUGACUGCUUUCUUCAAGUAGUUACUUUAGUGUAUUUGUAAUGUUUAGGAUGAAUAUGGCAUAAAGUCUCAUUUGUGUUAGUGAGACAUGAGUAGCCUGGAGGAGAGGCACGGGGGUGUUGGUUGACCACAAGGUCAAUGUGACCCAGCAAUAUACACUUGUAUCCUGGAGAUGAGAAGGCUCUGAAAAGACCUUGAAGCAGCUUCUGGUGCCUAAAGGGUCCUACAGGAAAGCCAGAGAGGGACUUUUGACAAGGACAUGAGUGGUUUGGAAGAACAUUGUUCUCGGGCAGUGAACAUUCUGCACUUUUGAACAGAGUGCUACUUGAAGGAGUAAAAGGAAUUGAUAGUUGUUGCUUCCUUCCAUUUUUUUUUGUACUUGAACUUCUUCCUUUCUCUGGGUUUUCAAUUGAAAAAGGCCAUGAGCUCAGGUCAACGCAAGCGCCGUGGAGGAGCAGUUAAUUCCAGGCAAGUUCGGAAGCGAAACAGGCUAAUGGCUUCUACAGCAGAAAUGGCUUCAGAAGCAGAGCCAAUAGAGCUUGAAGAAAGCGCUGGUGAAGAAGUAGUAGACCUCACAUGUGAAUCUUCUGAUCCUGUAGUUGUUGAUCUCACUCACAAUGAUUCUGUUGUGAUUGUUGAAGAAAAUCAAGGACAAAGGAGAAAUCUGAGACUCAGAAGCCAGCGACAGUCAGACAGCUGUGUAUUAAGUAGUGAUGAUGAAGAUGAAACAAGAGACAAUGAUGUGUAUGUGACACAUAAACUGUCUCGAGAAUUGAGACCACUGGAAGAUGAAACUGCAAGUUCAAAGCCGUCUGGUACCGUUAGCUGUCCAAUCUGCAUGGAUUUCUACUCUGAGAUUGUGCAAAGCGGACGGCUGAUUGUGUCAACUAAAUGUGGCCAUGUCUUCUGCAGUCAGUGUCUCCGUGAUUCCCUAAGGAAUGCCAACUCUUGCCCAACCUGCAGGAAGAAACUCACUCACAGACAAUAUCAUCCCAUUUAUAUAUGAGUACUUAUUUUUCUCAGGACAGACUCCACUGGGAUGUUGAGGAAUAUGUCAUGGGUUCAGAGUUCUGAAGAAUUAAAGAGCGGCAGGUUCUGCAAAUCCAAACUGUUUUUCUUCGAGAAUAAAUUCUACAUGUAUAGACAGGUUUUUUUAUUGUCCAGGCUACAUCUUGUAAUGUCCCUGGUUAUAAUGUUAAAUUUAGUACUGGCUCUAAAUUAGACCAGUGGCCUAAAUUGGAAAGGAAGCAACUAAUGCAUUUCCUUCCACUUUUUGCGUAAGUAAGAGAGGUCUGAUUAUUUUGUUGUUUGUUCCUCUUAAAAUUAUUCCCAUCCUUGCAUACAGGUAUGGAAGAGUUAAUGUUCAAAAUACAGCCCAGCAAUUUGCUAGUUCCUUACGCUUUUGCUUUUAUCCUACCAGAAGCUCAUCACUAUAUUGCCUUCUGCUAUUCCAUCCUUACCCGAGUAGAGGUCUCUGUUAAACAGACAACAAGGGUAAUGCAAUAAAAUCGCCUGUUAACCCACAGUCAGGUGUUUUAAGCAGAAAGCUUGAAUGUGUGGAUUUCCUUAAAAAGUCCACGAGAUCUAAUGUGCGUAGACAAAUUGCAGCAUGGGCAAUGUGAAAAUACUACUUGGGAUGUUUUAACUUGAAACAGUUCCCAUAGUGGAAUCACAACGCUGAAUUUCUCUACUAACGUGAUGAGGUGGUCCCUUGGGUUUAUUGCUGUUCUAUAGCACUCUCUCCUGGUAACUGAGGAGAACGUAGAUGUCUCUUGGCUUGCUAGUGACGCAUAAGAAGCAAAUAUAUGUCUGCUGCCCUCUUGUCAGCUAAAUCCCAAAGUACCCACAGAUCUUGUACCAUAUGAAGUGUCCCCAGCGCAAUGCUUCAAGUCCAGUGUGAUUGCUUGGCUGUUCUCUUUAGUUCUUACAGUGACACCUGAUGGUUUUAGCCUUUAGAAGAGGACUCAGAGACAUGUUCCUGGAGAGAGCAUUCUUCUCUUGAAGCAAGGCAGGAACACACAGGUUUAUGCGCUGUCAUCCAGACAGCUGGUUUGGCUUUUUUCCCCACAGGCCUGAGUUAGAAAUGUCUUCUUUAAACCUGUUACAGGUAAAAGCUGCAGGCUGCAAUGUGGAAUCCCAGAAGGGCUGAUAUAAACAGGAGCUGAUACAAAGGAGUCAUUCUGUGUAGGUGAGAUGACUAGAAUCAGUAUACUGUGAUCCACAUGUGCAUCUAUGAGAGGCUCCAAAGUUAAGCUCAGGCAUCUUUUGGCAGGUGGGUUGCGCCAGACAGCCAGCAUUAGCACCAUUCUGCGCUCUGGGACAGCAUAGUUGUAGGAUGUGUUUUGGUAAUGCUGGUAUCUGAAGUGUCUUAGCUUGCCUGUCUGAGGGAUCUGUGGGAAGCCUUCAACAAAAGCAGCUGUUCUAAUGAGCUGUCUCAAGUUGUGUUUUAAGAUUGCAACUCACAAGUAGAGUGUUUUGGGGUUUUAUGAGGAUGUUUAGAGAAGUUUCCUGAUGUAGUCAUGCAGACAGAGCUUUGUUCCAUGAUGGCUUGCUUAAGAACUGGAAUACCUUCCCCACCCUGGUUUGGAAUCUCUUUGGUUCAACAUUGUUAUCUGGAAUAUGCAGUUUCUGCAUUGUGGCAGUCUGGGAAUUGCUCAAAUUACACACCUUUAGUUACUGUGUGCUCCCCAAGCAAGGACUGCUGGAGUCCUGCAAUAGUGCGAUAGCUCCAGGGUGCUGGUGCUUAAGUCCCUAGAAGCAGAGAAUCAAUGGAGCAACUCCAGAGAUUGCUUCCAGUGAUAGCUGCCUGAAGAGAUGCAGCCCAGUGUUACAGCUGUCAAGGUGCUGUAGGGGCCACAGCAACCGCUUGCUCCUGGUAGCUUACAGAGAAAAAGAGGAAAAAAAGGGAAAGACGAGCUUUCCUUGGGUGCUCCUGCAUGAGAGGGAUGAGAAGCAGAGGGUUUAGUGGUUUAGCUGUGGGGAUAAAGGGUGGUCAUGUACCUGUGCUUCUUUCAAAGUGCACUAGCUGUUGCCUAAACUGACUUUGCACAGCUGCCUCCAUGGAAAUACCCCUUUGCAGGUAGUGUUGCCACAAAUGGAUCUAACUGAAAAUCUCACACCACAAACUAGAGGCUAUUUGGCAGAAAAGGUUUUAGCUUUUGUGUAGCCUGUGAAGUGCCACAAACUUUGGGCAAUGCAAAAUGGAAUUUUAAGUCUCAGCCCAUGGAAGAAGACUAAAUUGCAUUACAGGCUUUCUUUUGGAGGGAUUGGAAGGGUGAGAAGAAUCCUCACCAGAUUGGAGUUCCAGUCAAAGUUUCACACUGUCAAGAAAUUACAGGGAAUAUAAAGAUUUUUUUCAUUAUGUAAAUGUAUCUCUUCUUGUUGUAUAUAGUUUGUUUUUCCUGUAUUUAAUGGUAUUCAUGUCUGUCUGUCCCACGUCCAUUGGACUACUGGUAGGCAAAGAGUUCUUUCACCAGGUGGAAAUAAAACUAUUGAUUUGAUGAA